AUGGCGGAGAGCAACACGAGAGUCGUGAAUGGCGUUCCCCUUUCGAGUGCAACAGGCCGACUGAGAAAAUUCUACUUGAUCGAUAAAAAAAUGCUUAAGAAUGAAGCACAAAAUGCUUGCAGAAGUGACUACACUGACCUCGUCACAAUCUAUGAUGAAGAAGAGAAUAAUGAGCUAGUUGAUAUUCUCAAUAAUAGUGCGUAUCGUGUGAAUGGUUGGAUUGGUGGCAGCAGCUGUAAAUGGUCAAAUGGUGAUCUCGCCACAUUCACCAAAUACAGCAGAACUUUUAAAGAGGAAAAAUGCUGCGGUGCCAUAAACACCGCUGGAAGAUGGGAGUGUAUCAAUUGUACUUCAACCAAAUUCUUCAUGUGUUAUGAUCAAGAUCGUGGGCAACAAUCAUACAACUACAGUUUAAUCCGUGAAAACCGGACCUGGUUUGAGGCUCAGCGGUACUGUAGAGAGAAUCACACUGAUCUAGUCAUUAUCAGAGAUGAUGAGGAAAAUGAACGAGUGAAGAAAGCAGUGAAUGGGAGUCACUCUUUCUGGAUCGGCCUCCAAUACAAUAACAGCCUUGAUUGGUUUGAUGGUGGAUAUUCAGAUUACAAACAGAAUAGUUCAUCUGAAGGAUGCUUUACAUUUCUCUCAAGACAAAAUAAGAAUAAUAAACCAGGAGGAUUUUGGUUCAAAAUUAACACGGGUAUCUAUUCUGCUCUGUGCUACAGUAAGUUAACAAAAUAUUUCAUGCUUUAA